AUGGAGGAGUUUCGCCAAGCCAUGAAGGAGUUUCACCAAGAGGUAAAUCUCCAAUUUGAUAAUCUUGAAAAGAAAAUGGAUAAGUUUGAAAACAACAUAGAUCGAUGGUUUGAUAAGUUUGGUGACUGUGUUUCUGAUUUUAGUAUGUCAAUACAUAGAGCAACAUAUGAUUUUGAUGUGUUUAAAUCUGAAACCAUGUCUGUUGCGUGCGAUGAUUUAAUGAUUGAUCGACUAGCCAUGGUCAACCAAAUGCCAUCGAUGAGCCUGGCUACGACACUGUUGCCAGAAACAAGGAAUCCCAAUGUGUCUUUUCCAGUGAACAACAUUGUUCUUAAGGACACACAAGUUGGAGGUGGCUUGCAGAGGCCACUACAAAGUGGUCAGUAUCAACGUAUUUCUAAUAAGAAUGAAAAUAAGAAUCAGGGUGGACAACCUGGUUACAAUCACGUUGAGCAUAGUAAUCUCGUGUAUGAGGGUUUGUCCAAGCAACAUCGCAAUGAUGUUCAAUCUAAGCCGCUAGGGGGGCAUGAGAUCCCACCGCAUGGCCGGUUGAAAGAAAAACAACAUUGCAAUUGGUAA